AAUAGUAAAUAAAUAAGCAUAAAUACGUGGUGAAGCAACGACAAACACUGAGUUGACGGUAAAAAGCAAAGAAUAAAAAGGAGAAAGGCAAUCUGAAAGGAGAAAGAAGAAGAAGAAGAGAAACGAAUUUCUUGAGUCGAAGGAAGGGAUACAAGUAUUAUUGGAAAGAAAUGUAUGGAAGGUAAGGUAGCCGCGGAGAAAGAUCGAGACUUGCCGAUUAAUUUUAAUGUAUUUAUAUAUUGUAUAUUGGAUUCCUUUGAAAUGAAAGAUAAAAGCAGAAGAAACCAUUGCAGUGUGAACAAGUGUGUCUCAAUUUACUGAAAGAAACCCGGUUCUUGUCAUUGAUUUUGGAGCCUUGAUUGGAGUUAUUCAGCUCGGAAAGGGAUCUAUCUGAUUAUUGUUGUUGCCCUAGAUUUCUGUUUCUGUUUGUGUGUUCUCAGUGUCUAGCGUGAGAUAGGCAGAACACAAGCUACAACGGCAUCCUGCAGGACCUGUGGUGGAAAGCCGUUGGGUGAUGAGAGAGACUCACCACCUGGUAGCAUGCUGGGCACAAUUAGUUUGGAAGUUGCCAGUUUUAUCAGUUCUGACUUGACUUGGAAGGGCUCAAAAGGUAAAAGGAGUUCAUUGAGGCGGGCCAAGAAGUCUGUUUCAAGAAACUUGAAACGUUGUGGGGAGCUUGUCAACCAGUACUCGAAAACUCUGGACAUGCCGGUUUCUGAAUCUGAGAAGCUUGGAGUAAGUGUUCUUGGUUGCCGCUUUAGUGAGAAGGCAGAACUUAUGCCAAUUAAGAAAAGAAGAUUUGUGUAUAGAUCACCAUCGCCACCACCUAGGGCUACUUCACCACAAUCUGAGGAAACUGAGACUGAGAGGCCCUCCAAGAUGAAACCUGGAGUAAUUGAUUGCUCUGCUUCUGCAAAUGACUUGGGUCAAAUUGUUGACAAUGUGUGUGAUGCUGAUGAGACAAAUAUGGAAAGGGUAAAAGGAUGUGUGGAUGAAAAUGAGGACUUCUCGGGUAUUUCUAUACUUGCAGCUGCUGCAUGCAGUAAAGGUUUUGGAGGGGAAGAUGGUCCCACUGAGGAUGGCUCAGGAGUUGAAGAAUCUUUUGUGUGUGAAGUUGAAAACUCAACUAAAGGAAGUAGUUCUUGCAUUUCUGCAUUGCCUGCUGAAGAAGCUACCUUUCUAAGAAAGGUUAAUUCCUCUGAAAGUGAACUAUUGUGCAGAAACAAUAUGGAAGAUACUUCUGUGCAGGAUCAUCUAAUUACGAAGGAUGUCUUAAUCCAUAAAGUUGAGGAAAGUGCUAGAAAACAGGGAUUCUCUUCAAGAGAUGACCGUUUGCACUGGGAUUUAAAUACUUCAAUGGAGUCCUGGGAACAUCCUUUUGACUAUCAAAUUGUGGAUUCUAAUAAUGAUGCUGUGGAUGGUGUUGCUAAAGAUGCAGAUUAUGGUAACCAUAUAAAUAAGGUGAUAAACUCGGAAGACCAUGAACUGCAAAGUCUGUAUAGUGAUGGUAAAGUUGGUGCUGAAAAAGAAAUGCCACCUAGUGAUUCUACAGAAAUGGAAGACCGUGAACUGCAAAGUCUGUAUAGUGAUGGUAAAGUUGGUGCUGAAAAAGAAAUGCCACCCAGUGAUUCUACAGAAAUGGUUAAUACAUUGAAUCAAUUUAGAAUAGAGGAGCACAAAUCAAAAGUGUGCACUGAUUCUGGCCAUGCUGCAUACAUGGAAGAAAACAUUCUUUCAUCUGAGCUCAAAGAAGCUGUGAAGGUGAAUCAAUCUAAGGGAAGUGUAGAAUUGCAGAGUCAAGAAACAAUUAAUAUUGAAGCUCAACCUGGUGAUUUUGUUCCAGCCGAUGAUGUUAAGAGACUUUCUGCUUCUAUUAGCAAGUAUAGAAAUAUCGCAGAUGACAAUGUUUCCUCUGGCUGUACAGGUGGUAUUCAGGGCUUAUCUUCACAUGGGGUUGGCAAUUUGGAUUCGUGUUCAGAUAACAAUCUACCUACUAAACCUAAUUACAAUGCAAGCAGCUCUUCAGCAGAUGCUGGUCUGCUUAAUUCCUCCAGUUCUCAGGUUGAGAAGCUGGAGGUUGCACCUUCUCUAGCUUUGUCUGAUUUUUCCAUCAAUGAGAUUGGGGGUGUGUUAGAUAAAGCUGUUGAUGAUACAAAGGAAAUUUCUGCUUCAUUUGAGGACACAGAUGUUCCUAUGGAUAUCGAUCCUGUGGAAACAGGGCAGCCACCAAAAAUAGAGUCUCUUUGUGCUGUUCCGCAGAUCUCUGCCUGUUCUCCUCUAGGUGUUGAUAUGCCUACUGUAAGUUCAUCAAUUGAAGCUCAGCCAACAUUGUCUGUGGAUCUAAAGGUGCAACAUGCCAAAGUUUCUGUGCUUGAUCAUGCAGAAACUAAUACUUUACUGAAUAAUGAUGGCAAGGCACCUGAAAAAAGGUGUAUAGAAAAGUCUGCUGAAAUGUUGCAAGAAUGUUCUGUUCUUAGCUCUCAUGAUGUAUCAAGUAGAAGCAAUAAUGGGGAUCUUGUAAAUACUUCUGAUAGGAUGGCCUCAGAAGAACCUUUGGACAAUGGUUAUGGUUCGGAUGUUUCUCAUGAUUUUACUCAUGUGAAGUCGACUGAGCUCUUAGAUUAUGAUUCACAGUAUGAAGACGGCGAGGUCAGGGAAUCAAUUGUACAUACGUGGGAAGAAUAUGAUGGGGAAGAAAUGGAAACAGAACAUGUAGACUAUGGAUCUGACAAUGCUAAUAAUCUGGGUUGUGAAGCUGAAAAAAAUGUGAAGCGUACACAAGAAACUGACUUCCAACCUUGCCCAAGUGGCUCAUCUGGAUCUGGUAAGGAAAGACCAUUGAAAGGGAAAGAUGGAAGGAUCGAGAUUGAGUCAGGUGAUGAAGCAGGCACUGACAAGGUUAUGGAGGAUGUUGUUGUUUCUAGGGUAGAUGAUACAAAGAAUCCAAUUCUUUCAGCUGAAUCAGCUGAGAAAGCAUCUGGCUGGGAUCAUAAAAAUCUUUCAGAUACAUUGAUUGCAGAGAUUGAUGGCAGCAGUAGGAAGAACAUUAUUGAUGAUUGUAUAGAUGUCCAAGACACAGAUGGUACUGAGGUGAGGGUGGUCAGACCAAGAGAGUUGAAGAGGGAAUUGCUAUCACAUAUUGAAGGACGAGUUUCUCAUGAUGUAUAUUUAAAUGAAGACAAACCUUACAUGCAAGAAAGCAGUGAUACUGAUAACAACACUAAUCCUAGAUCUGAAAGGGAUCCUGGAUAUGGAGAAUCUCAGGGUAGGGGCAGAUAUAAUCAGCAUGUUCAUGCAAGAGGUCAGGGAAGUGAUCAUUGGGUAAAUUCUGCUGAAAGUCAAAGGUGUCUUAAACGCUAUCAUUCACCUAAUUAUCAUGGCCCAACAUCUUUUCGCCGUCCAGGGCCUGAAAAUGGUUCCUUUGGCAGACAAAAGAUUGUUGCAUCUUCAUUUGGUGUACAUCGGCACCUUACUAGAAGUGGGUCUCCAGUAGACAGGGAUGAGGCAUUUCGUUUGCGUUUGGGUUUUAGACCCUCUAGAGAGCUGAGUCCUAGUCGGUGUGUUACUCUUGGCAGAGGCAGGUCCCUAAGAUAUGGUUCUCGAGUGGAUGAGAGAGGCUUCAGGGGAAGAUACCAUGGUUGCUCUGAGACUUCAUUGAACCAUUCCCAUCCUUCAGCCAAGAGAGAGAGAAGCUUUUCACCCAAUGAAAGAAGAGGUGAAGACUGUGCACAUAAAUCCCUGUCAAAGUCUCCUUCAAGGUCUAGAACUUGCUUUCCUGACUCAGGUAAUCCAAAUUUAAAACACCGAAGUAAAUCGCCUAAUUUCAGAUCUGAGGCAAGAGUGGCAAGAGGGAAGUCACCUCAUCACCGGUCUGGUUUUUUGGGAGACCGUGUGGUAGGAUUUAGGACAAUGCACAGGAGUCAUGGUUCUCCACCUCAUAACUCCAGAUGGAUUGGUGAUUGGAAAGAUGGUGUGGUUCAUCUUAGGGAACAAGGUUUAAAUCAACGUACUUCUGUUUUAGACAGGAGAUCACCAGGAAAGUUUGGCCCAUGUGAUGACAGGUUUAAUGUCGAUUCUCUACGAAACUACAGAUAUGUGCAGCCUGGAAGAUUUACAGAAAUGGAUGGAGUUGGUAGAGGACGGGUAAGGUAUGAGGGCAGUGAUGAGACUAGGGAGAAGCAUAGUUGUAGAUUUGGGCCAUUUCCCCCUGCAAAGCGAUAUGGUAUGGAUAGUGUUGUGAAACCUUUCCGUUAUAAUUUGGAUGAUGGAUUUGUAAAGGCUCGUAUUUCUCGUUAUGGAGAUGCUUCUGAUUUUCAUGGCAGAGUAAGACCUAAGGAACUUAGCAGGAGCAUUGAGAGUCGGAUUGGGGAGGCGCCGAGAAGAUAUAGAGAAGAGAGAGACCCAUACACAUAUCAAAGGGAUGGAAAAUACAAUGUCAAUCCAAAAUCUUUUGAGAUGCGGGAAAAUGAUGAUGACAUAGCUUUAAGGAGAAGACCUUCUUAACUCUCUAACUAGUGCCCAUUCUUUUGUUCCUAUAUAUUGGGUGCAAUGGCAGGUAAGAAGAAAUAUCAUAAGCUGGACUUGAUGAAGUAGUGCUUUCAUUUCCAGAAGGCAGGCAUCUCAUCUCUGACCUUCAUCACUUGAUGGAUUUGAAUUUUCUACUGUGAUUUCCCUUUUUUGAGUUUUGAUGAGAUCAAGUGGUAACCCUUUUUCCCCUUCAUUUUAUACUAUUAUAUAUAUAUAUAUUUUUUUUUCGGCCAAGGGGUGAUGUAGCCUUUUGCUGGCCCUUGAAAUAUGAUCAUAUCAAUGAAAAAAAAUCAAGUUUAUUUUUGUCCUAA